UUAUUCGAACGGAUUCUGUUUGAACUCGUGUUAAAAAGAUAUUGAUUAGUUCCAAUACAUUCGCCCAAUUUCCGCUUUGUUUUGAAUUUUUUUGUUUACAAUUUGCUCUGCUACAUGCAUUGAUUUGUAUCUGAUUUCAUACUAACUUGUACUUGUUAGUUAAGGAGAUUUGAUUAAUUUUUUAAAAUAAUAAAAUUUUCAUUUUAUGAAAUGGUUAAACAUUUGAUGUAUAGAAGUAUUAGAGAUGUAUUAGAUGGGUCCGAUGUUUGUCGAAGGUGUUUGUUACGAUUUUUUGGUGUCAAACACUAUAGUAGUUAUUUAAAGAACAAUGUCGAAGAAACAAUUAAGAAAUACUUAGAGGAAACUGAUACUUCCUUACUACAUGAAGAAUCCAUAGAUUUGCAAUCCUUGGGAAAUGUUAGCCUUAGUCCAGAACACAAACGUGCCUUGGUUACCCCAUGUGCUGCAUGUUUAGGAGUUUUACAAGAUGUAGAUAACAUGGUUUCAAGGGUUGAAGCUGCUGUGAAUGAAAGCAAGCACAAAUUCCAGAAUUUUGUGCUACAGAUAUCACUUCCUGCUAUUAUUGAUCUUAGGGAUAAACUAUUCUUAUUGUAUUUACAAGAAAAAAUAGGAGAUUGUUUCACAUUUGGUUCAAAUGACAUUCCUACAGUUAAAGAUAUCUGCAAGUGGGUUAUUGGUUCUAUGUAUGGGGAGAUGACUGAAAGGGAAUUUACACCAUUUAGUGAAUUCCAAAUCUUUUUAUCUGCUUCUUAUCCACAGACUGUUACAGAAUGUCAAAUUUUGUUUGAAAAAUGCCCUGAAGCUUUUCCAAAUGCGAAGAAAAGGGUUCCAAAAGAAAAUGUUUACAAUAGAACAGCUGUGUUAAAAGCAAUUGACAAAUUAUCUUCAACUAUAAAAAAAUUGUACACUUUACCCCCCUCAGCACCUGAUAAAAGCUUGACAUUCAGUGAAAUACGUUGCACUCAUGCACCCCUGUACCUUGGAGGAAGGUAUAAUAAAUAUUCUCGAGUACUCAGCCAAACUCCUUGGAUUGUUGAUGGUGAACGUCACAUGGAAUCUUCUGUUAGUGAACUGAUUACUGACAUUGUUGAGAAACAUAUUCAGGCUGAUAAAAUAGUUUUUUCUGCAUCUGGCAGAGAAGAUGUUGAUGUGAAAAUGCUUGGGAAUGGUCGGCCAUUUAUUUUAGAACUGAUAAAUCCUAGAAAUGUAUUAUUUUCACGUGAUGAAAUAAAAGCAAUAGAAGAUGAUGUCAAUCAAAACACUGAUCUCAUAGCAGUCAAAAACUUACAAGUUAUUUCCAAGGAAGAUACUUCUAUUUUGAAAGAAGGAGAGGAAGAGAAACGAAAAACAUAUUCGGCUCUAUGCGUUGUGAAGAAAACACUUAAACAAGAGGAUGUUGAUCAUUUAGAAGGACUGGAAGAUGUAAAACUUAAUCAAAAAACCCCCAUACGUGUAUUACAUAGGCGAACUCUGAGUAUAAGAGAGAGGUUGAUACAUAGCAUAAAAGGUAAAAUCAUCGAUGAUCAUCAUUUGUUAUUGCGCCUUGAAACACAAGCUGGAACAUAUGUGAAAGAAUUUGUUCACAGUGAUUUUGGUAGAACAACUCCUAGUCUUGGAACUCUAUUAGAAACUGAAGCAGACAUUUUGGAGCUUGAUGUAGAGAGCAUUCAUCUAGAUUGGCCUCCAGAAUCAUCUUCCGACUUUAAGAGGAAUUAUUUAUUUGUAUAAUUUAAAAAAAUAAAGUAAUAUAUAUUUUUUAAA